GCCCAUCCUAACGAAGAUCCCACGAAGAAUGGUCCACCGUACGAUGUUUACCAUCAAAAAGCGGCCGUCAGCCACAGAGGAAUGAUAGUCUUUGCAAGCAAAAGCAAAAGGUCCGCUAUGCCGUACCUGAAGAACCUCGGAUUAAUGUGCCGUUUAUGGCUGUCGCAAAGUCGAAUGGCUAUGAUAUUCCCCUACGAUAUAUCUGGGAAGAAUGUUGUAUUCUCGGACCGUACCGAGCUAUUUGAUUCCGGGUCAGUAGUGGAGGACUCUGGCAACUCUGGGAAGAACUCCGAGAAGAACUCCACGAAGAAGUCGACACUCGAUAUUUGGGCAGAGCAGACAGACAUCCAGAAGACACUCAAGCUUCUCCACCGCCUCUUACAGCAUGUGAAGCAGAUGGCUGAGGCCAUGCAGAGCCAGGGCGUCUACACAUUUGCCUUGAAGCAACUACGUAAGCGUGAUAUGGUACUAAGUGUUGAGACAAAGGAAAGCCCCUCCGCGCAUUUGGUGGUUGAUCUAAUAUCGCCGAAGGUUCAACAUGAUUUUAGUCAGGUCCGGGACGACGACGAAACAGAAGGUGUCGAUGCGGAAGUUGACUACGAGACGAAGGACAGGGGCGAAACGGUGGAGAACCAGAAAUAA